AUGGAGCACGAAGACAACUACUUCCCUCCAACGCGCGACGGCCAGCAGAGCGCCGGCUCCCAGAUUGACUCAGACACCGACAUGGCCGCCUCAGCCUCCGCAUCAUCGUCCCGGGCCGCCAUGCUCUCGUCGCCCGUUGCGCGCACCCGCAAGCCCAGCAGACUCUCGCGCUCAGGAGUACCACGCCCCAUAAUUACACCCACAAGUCCAUUGUCCUCUACAAUACCGCACAAUCUGCUGCCCUCUGCACCAGCAUCGCCGCCGACACCAGCCCCGAGUCCAACGCCAACCCAGCGAGCACCGGAUUGGAGCACUGCCGCCGAACAUGAGGACUCACACAUCAAGGCCAUACGAGGGAACUUUGGUGACAUGAGCAGAGCGGAGCGCUUGAGGCUACUAGGCGAACUGCUCAACCUCUGCGACAGCCAAGAGCUCAGCUUCGUUGCCGAGUUUGUAAGCCCGAGGCUGAAAAAGGACCCCUUCCUAGUGCUCCCCACAGAACUGUCGCUCAGGAUCCUCGAAUGCGUAGACGACCCCACCACUCUUGCACGAGCGUCACAGGUCUCCAAGAAGUGGCGAGAACUAGUCAACGACGACAGCGCCUGGAGGUUACUGUGCCAAAAGUACUCUUUCAGACAGCUUCUGCCCCACGAACGCAACGGACCGGACUCGCCGAGUGACGAGAUGGACACAGAACAGCCGUGGGCGCAGGAUGCAGACCGCACAUCGAGGGCAGACGACACACCUACGAACAAGCAUCUGGAAGUAGGGUCGCCGAGUGCAGCAACUGGGGAGCUUCGAACGCGGAGCCUGGAUCGUGAUGCGAAGAGGAUUACGUCACUGCGGAAGUUAAAAGCCAUCACAUAUCGAUCGCACUUUAAGCAGAGGUACAUGGUCGAAACAGCAUGGCGCAACGGUGGUGUGUGCGACGCACGACAGAUCACACCAGAUCAGGGUGUAGUGACGAGUCUGCACUUGACGAAGAAGUACAUCGUAGUGGCGCUCGACAACGCAAAGAUCCACGUUUUCGACACAGUUGGCGACCACCAGAAGACAUUGCAAGGACACGUUAUGGGCGUGUGGGCAAUGGUACCCUGGGGCGAUCUGCUGGUCAGUGGUGGCUGCGACCGCGAUGUACGAGUGUGGAAUCUGGCUACAGGGUACCCACAGUUCACCCUCCGCGGACACACCUCGACAGUACGAUGCCUGAAGAUGUCAGAUGCCAACACUGCAAUCUCCGGCUCGCGAGACACUACACUGCGAAUCUGGGAUCUGAAGAAGGGCAUUUGCAAGCAUGUUCUGGUGGGUCACCAAGCCAGCGUCAGGUGUCUGGAGAUCCACGGCGACAUCGUUGUGUCCGGCAGCUACGACACCACGGCGAAGAUAUGGAGCAUUUCUGAGGGCAAGUGCCUGCGCACACUUACAGGCCACUUCAGCCAGAUCUACGCAAUCGCUUUCGACGGCAAGAAAAUCGCAACAGGCAGUCUGGACACAAGUGUCCGAAUUUGGGACCCAAAUGACGGUAAAUGCUUGGCAGUACUACAAGGCCACACUUCGCUCGUUGGACAGCUCCAGAUGCGCGACGAUAUUCUUGUGACCGGUGGAUCAGAUGGCUCGGUUCGAGUCUGGAGUCUUGCAACCUACCAGGCGAUUCACAGGCUAGCGGCGCAUGACAACAGUGUCACCAGCCUGCAGUUCGAUAACACCAGAAUUGUCAGCGGUGGCAGCGAUGGGCGAGUCAAGGUCUGGGAUUUAAAGAAGGGCACACUUGUUCGAGAACUUAGCACACCUGCAGAAGCAGUCUGGAGAGUUGUGUUCGAGGAAGAGAAAGCUGUCAUCAUGGCCAGCAGGGGCGGGCGCACAAUCAUGGAGGUCUGGGACUUCUCUCCACCACCAGACCAGGACUACGAUACUCCACGCUCCGGAAGUCCAGCAAGCAUGCCUGACCAUUUUGACAUCGAGCACCCUCGCCCACAGUCCGCCGUUCUUCCACGCACAACACCGCUUGUUCAAGAGGUUGAUGAUGCCACUGACGUCACAAUGGCUGACGCGUGA